AACAAAAAAGACAAAUUUUCUUUGCCUUAGCAACCAUGCAGGACUCCCUAUUACUGAUUGGAUGACCAGCAUGUUUCUGGCAACUGAGACAUCUUGGCCUGUGCUGUUCUUUUGCUCUCAAGCUCUCUUCUGCCUCUUCUUUUGCACCCCUUCCUGUUGUUGUACAUCCUGUCCUGAACAGUGUCAAUGCACCAAUUAUUCAGGAGCAACUGCUGUUCUGUGCAGUGCUAGCAACCUGGAGGAGAUUCCAACAGAUAUUCCCAAAGAUACCAUGUUUCUGAAGCUGGAUGCAAAUAAGAUUACUGCAGUUCCCAACAGCACUUUCAGGCAUCUUGCCCACUUACAAGAAAUAGAUCUCUCCAAGAAUGCCAUUGAGAAGAUUGAUUCAGCAGCGUUUAAGGGUGUUGCUGAUGGCCUGAGGUUGCUGGAUCUCUCUGGCAAUCACAUACAGAGAAUCCCAAAGGAAGCCCUGGUCAACUUGAAUGCCAUGAUUCGCUUAUCCAACAACCCUUGGCAUUGUGAAUGUACUUUGCAGGAAGUCUUGUGGGAAGUGAAACUGGACCCUGAUUCAGUCAAUGAGAUCACCUGCCAAACAUCUGUGCAAGAGGAAUAUGCUGGAAAACCUCUGCUCCACAUCCUAGAUUCAGGCAUCAACUUUUGCAACAUGCACCAGAAAACCACUGAUGUUGCCAUGUUUGUUACCAUGUUCAGCUGGUUUACCUUGGUCAUUAGCUAUGUGGUAUACUAUGUCCGGCAUAAUCAGGAGGAUACAAAGAAGCAUCUGGAAUACUUGAAGUCACUACCUAGCACAAGAGUUCCUAAAGAGACUAUCAGCACAAUCCUGUAGCCUGGAGUGCUACACAGCCUGUUUUCUAAAG